AUGGCACAGUUCUUGCUCGUGCUGCUGGCAAGGCUUGGUGCCAUGGAUGGAAACCGGCUUGGUGGCCCUUGUUCGUCCCGUGGAUCCACCGCCGAGCGCCCGGCAGAUCUGCUGCGGGCAGCGGUGGAUGAGGCUUCGCUGGAGGCUGCAGAGUUGGCCCCGGCUGCCUCGGAUGCCAGGCCCUCCCGGCCUUCCUUAACGCCGCUGCCGUUGCCCCCGAAUCGCUGGGAUCCCACGGCCGCGCGUGCCGCGAGCGCCGCGAGCGCCGCGGCGAAAGCCAUCGCCUCGGCGGCGAAAGACGCGGCGGAAGGGGCCAGCGCUGCAUUGAAGGACGUCGGCGUGGCCGGCGUGCCCGACGCCACGCCGUCGGGCACGCCGAGUUUGGGGCUGUCGGAGGAGGUCGCCGCUUUGGUCAAAGCCGCCAGAGCCAAAGAAUGGCGACCGGACCCGAAGGCCGAAAUCUCAGCUGAACGAGGUGAUCAAAGCGCCUUCUUACGACGGGAAGCGCAUCGCAGAUGGCAAAACUAUUUCAAGAUGGCCGCCAAUCGACUGGAAGCCCCACGAACAGGAGAUGCUGUAGAGGAGUAUCAUUUGCUCUAUGAGGUCAUCAAUCAGAUCAUUGCUGGUUUGCAGUUGGCAGCUGAUGCGUCUCAAGGUCGAGGCUCAGAACUCAGCCGCGGCUUCGCGCACGUUUCGCAGCUGCUGCGCGUCUUAGAGCACCGUAGCCGCGGCACCGCCUUCGAAAACGAGGACUUCCUGCACCAAGCCUAUGCUACGGCCUCGUUGGGCUGCGGUAACCGACCCUUCGAGGAUCGCUUCUGCGACCGCGCGCAGCUCCAGCGGUGGUUACGGGCGAAUGACACGAGUCUCGACAGGUCGGAGGAGGUGGCAGAGUUUGAAGACAGCUGGCUGAAGUAUUUGGACCUGGGCUUUGCCAAGGGCCUUUGGCGAAAACUCUCGGAUCAAAGUCAGACCUUCAACCCAUCAGAGGAUGAGGAGAAGAGAAGCUUGUGGCAGCUCUUUCCAACCUAUAUCAUGGCUAAGGAUCUACGUCAGAUGUUUUCAUCAUCUGGACCUGUUUGCAGGGCCUGUCGUCAUUUGACCGCCGUGGUGCUGGAGAAAUAUCACCAGUUCCGCGCCGCCAAUUUUGCCGAUCCCAGCAAACCAGAUGAGGUGAACAACGCCUUCUUCACGUGGCAGUUGACGCACCAUGCGGAGCAGAGUGCGGAGAAGGGUCAGGCCUUCUGGCCAGAACUGUAUGGGGAUGCCACGUUCCGGCAGCUGAAAAGUUUGGUGAAGACAUCCUGUGUGGAAUACCUGCAAGAAAUCUACAGCUCAACAUUUUCCUCCUCAGACUUCGACAGCUUGGAACUCUCCAUUUGGGCUUCCGUGACAUCGCCUGCGGCGGAAUCGAUGGGUUUGGCCUUCCACGACCAUCCCCUGUCGCUCCUCUCCGGCGUCUUCUACGCCGACGCCGGCGGCGACACCUUGCGCGACCGGACGCCCACGGUCUUCGCGGAUCCCCGGGGCACGGUGGCGUUUCGCUACGCCGCCGCGGGACGUUGGGAACCCGUGGCACCCUUCCACCGGUUGGCAUAUUCCCAUGCGAGGACCGGCUUGUCGUUGGUCUUUCCGUCCUGGUUGGUGCACGGUGUUGCUCCGCACCAUGGCCCGCGGGAGCGGGUGGUCUUCGCGUACAAUCUGCACACCUCACCCGGGAGCACGCUGGCGAGUUGGGCCAGGACCACCCUGUGA